AUGGCCGCCAUGAAGAUGCUCACAGGCGCGGGGCUCUUCCUGGCGUUCUGCGCGCUCUGCUUGCUGGCCAUGGCCAUCUGCACCGACUACUGGUACGAGACGGACGCCCGGCGCCACCGGGAGCGCUGCAAGAACUACGCGAGCAAGCGCAACGACCCGGGCUUCAUCUACAUCUCCAGUCACAACCUGCCUCUCCGGAUGCCUCCGGACGGCGUCGGGACGCAGGACGCAGGGCCAGGCGCCCGAGCGCUGCUGCUGCCUCGAGAAAAGCGGCACCUCACGGCCGCAGCGUCGUCCAUGGAAUCUCACUGCAGCCGCCAGUUCAAUUCAACCGUCUCCGGACUGUGGAGGAAGUGCCACCGCGAGGGCUUCGACCUGGAGACGGAUGAUCUCAUAUACAAAGGUGAGGUGUUUAGAUGUACUCCAGUGAAGUACCACUACACUUCAUCCAUCCUGCCCCGAAACCUGCCUGUCAACAUCACUAAGACCAUCCGGCAGGACGAGUGGCAUGCCCUUCAUCUGCGGAGGAUGACCGCAGGCUUUGUUGGCAUGGCCGUCUCCAUCAUCCUCUUCGGAUGGAUCAUCGGGGUACUGGGCUGCUGCCAACAACAUGAUCUCAUGCAGUAUGUAGCUGGACUGCUCUUCCUUAUGGGAGGAACCUGCUGUAUAAUCUCUCUGUGUACGUGCGUGGCGGGCAUAAACUUUGAGCUGUCACGGUACCCUCGCUACCUUUACGGCCUGCCUGAAGACAUCAGCCACGGCUACGGCUGGUCAAUGUUCUGCGCCUGGGGUGGCCUGGGCCUCACCCUGUUGGCCGGCUUCCUGUGCACAUUAGCGCCCUCUCUAAGCAGCACCUCAGCCCGCACUACUGUCCACAAGCCGCGGCACGAGAAUGGGACCGUGUGAAUGAGAGGUGACUGCCGGACCCACCUUCCUCCAACAUCUUCACAAUGUCUGUGGAACCGUCCACAGCUGGACUUUUGAUAUCACCAUUCUGUUCUGCAUUCACACCACUCGUCAUUGUUGAGAUAAGAGGUGUGUUUUUAAGGCCCUUUGUUGCAGUUGGCCAGAUAAAACAAUAUUCAGCUCCAUUUGAAUGAUGGUCAGGACAACCAAGCGCCAUUCCUCCACUCCACUGAAGAAGACCAAACAUGUAGCCAGCCCAGUUUCAGCAUAGAAAAUGUAGACACAUUUAGACACAGACACAUACACCAUGCAGACUAAACAUUGUCUACCAUCUCGUUCGUCACACUUUGGGGCUGCACUGAGCUCUUCACAGCAGUGUUUUUGCUCUUGUCUUGCUCACUCACUCAAGAACUGGCCUGGAGGCGACUGUUUCUUUCUCUUUCAUCUUAAAAUGGUGCUCUCUUUUCACAAUAUCACAUCUGCACACAGACACAAUCUCUCUUUGAAAUCUGACACUGAGGAACAAACAAGCAGGGGCAAACUCCCAGCCAGAAGCCAUGUAUUCUUUCCUCUCAGUGGUUUGUACUGCCUUUUUUGCAUCUGGUAGACAUUUAGGGCCCUGACACACCAAGACAACUGUCGGCCAUCAGUAAGUGUCAUGGUGAAGUGUCGCCCAUAGUUUGUGUGAUGUGUCCCACAGUGUUGGUUCUAGUCAGCUCUUGUCAGCACUGUUUUGGCCGAUUGAGCAUGUUAGUGAUCGGCUGUGAGUGAGCAGCACGCAAGGAGAGAAAUGAAACAAAACAAAACAAGCAAACGGCGUCUCAAGACAGCACACAUAGAGAACAGCCUAAAUUUUGAACAUCCAUGCAAUAGUGUAUCACUGUUUUUGCUAUUUGAAUAUCCGAAAUUGUAAACAAAUAGUAUUUGAAUGUCGUAUUCCUGACAAGAAAAAAGUAAUAUUGUUAAGAUUAAACCAUAACACAUGAAAGCUAAAAACAAAAGCUCUGAUCACAUGCUUAGAUAAAAUAAAACAUAGAAUCACUCAUUUCAUGAACUUUUUAAUUUUUUCAUCAUAGAAUCACACACAUGUACAAGCAGUACCUUUUAGGCAAC